CUUUGUGACUGUCUCCUCCUUUGGUUUUCCUAAUUAUAAAUUAAGCGGGGAUAAUAUGUGUUCGUGUUGCAGGCAGUGUUGCAGAACAAUAAGCAAAAGCCUCGGUCUCUUCCAGUCUGAGCAGUCACUGGGCAGUGAUCAGGUCUGUUUUCAGUUACUUGUCCUAAAUUUCCUGCUUUCUGUAUCUGUAUCAAUAUAUGUAUGUGCACUUCAGGAACCACGGAGCAGGAGUUGAGCUGGACACCGGGAGGAGUAGAGGAGGUGCGUAAGAAAAGACCAGAUCUUAGAUCUUGGAGAUCAGAAUAACCUGGUGAGAGAAAGGUUAAGGAUUAUAAAAUGCCCAGGUUUCCUGAGGUCUGAGCAAUUAUUUAGGUCUUACCAGGCUCUCUGAAGAAAAGAAGCCUGUGGACUUAAAAGAAACAAGGCUGACUUGUGGUAUUUGUAGGGAACAUCAGGUGAAGUUGUAGGGACUGCCUGUUGGAGACACUGGGGAGAGCCUCCAAGAAGAAAGAGCUGGCAAGAAUCUUGAUUCUCCAGCACACAAGACCAAGGAGCCAGCAGCUGCUUAGCCACAGGCCUGUUGGUGCUCUGGAAAGCCCUAUAUUUCAGAUUAUCUCCCUCAAAUUUUAGGUUGUCUGCUUCCAGAAGUGGAGGUAACACAGCCAGGGCUCUGAAUCUCAGGAGGAAACUGGUUAGAAAUGUAUCCCUUUGCUGCUGAUGCUGUUAAACCAGUGUAUGAGGAGCAUUAGCAGCUUCACAAGAGACAGAGUGAGUUAGUAAGGAAUGCAAAAAUAUACCCUCCGCAGGUGCUACAGCCGCGUGAAGGAGCACGGCGUUGGCAAGAGGAAAAGCAGCUACACGUUUGAACAGCUGGAGCAGGUGUUUGGGCAGGGAGGAUGGGACUCCCAGCCCUGCCAGCCUGUGCUCAUCAACAGCAGUGGCUUGUACCAGGAGCUGGAGUCAGAUGGCAGCACCAUGGAGGAAUACUCUCAGGAGGACUGGGGAAACCACAGUCAGGAUCUUCACUGCUACCAGACUGGCGAGCAGGAAUUGGAUGAAAUGCCUACCACGAAAAGAACAUUAAAGAUAAAACAAGAAUCUUCAGAAGACACACAGAAGCGUGACGUCAUGCAGAACAUUAUGCAAAUCUUGGAGUCGGUCCAGUUGAAGUGGGAGCUGUUUCAGAGCUGGACGGACUUCUCCAGGCUCCACCUUUCUAACAAACUGGCCAUUUUUGGCAUUGGGUACAACACCCGCUGGAAGGAGGAUAUCCGUUACCACUACGCAGAGAUCAGCUCCCAGGUGCCCCUCGGCAAGCGGCUCCGGGAAUAUUUCAACUCGGAAAAACCAGAGGGUCGGGUGAUCAUGACCCGAGUACAGAAAAUGAACUGGAAAAAUGUUUAUUAUAAAUUCCUGGAGAUCACCAUCAGCGAAGCCAGAUGCUUGGAGCUGCACAUGGAGAUCGACUGGAUUCCCAUCGCUCACUCCAAACCCACUGGAGGGAACGUGGUGCAGUAUUUAUUACCAGGAGGGAUCCCCAAAAGCCCUGGCCUGUACGCCAUUGGAUAUGAGGAGUGCCACGAGAAACUCCCCUCCCCUCUGGCCGAGCACCGGGCACCCGACCCCGGCAAUGAGACUCCAGGGGAGCUCGAGGUCCCCUCGCCACAGGCCUCCCUUCGGGUGGAUAUGGAAUCUGCCCGGAUUAUCUACUGUUACCUCGGCAUCGCCGAGGUCCGGACUCUCCAGCAGUGCCUGUUUUUACACUUCCAGGCAAACACCAAAACCUUCAGCAAAGAUUGGGUCGGGAUCAACGCCUUUUUAUCUCAGAACUGCGUCGUAGAGCCCGGUGUCUCACCCAAAUCCAUCUACAUCAAAUUUGUGGAAGUGGAGAGGGAUUUUCUGUCUGCCGGCUCUUUGGUAGAGUGCCUGGAAAAAGCCAUCGGGUACCCCUUAAAAUUUAACAACUGAGUCUCGUCCUUCAUAAGGAUCAGGGCUUUGCGCCCCAUUUUCCAUCUCACUGGGAUCCUGUCCGUUCACAUCCGGGCACGCUGGACUUUUCCGCCUGGAAUGGCGUUUUGGGGUGCGCGGAGGCUCCCCAGGCGCCGCGCCCGGCUCUGGCCGGUUCCCCAGGGAGCGGCAGGAGGAGCGCCCGGCCCGCCAGACGGCUCUCGGUACAUUCCACACGGGACAGGCUCGUCCACACGGCGUUUUCAUACAGAAACUGAGGGUUUGGUCUUUCCUUUAUUCCACGGUGUCUCAUUUGGAUGCAUCAGUCUCUGAGUGUUCCUGUGGAUCUGACUCAAUAAGCAAUAGAUAACGGCGAGGGAAACCCCAACGCCCAGCCCGGGGACUGUUUUUCAAAGCCACCCUUAGAUAUCUUGUAUAUAAUUUAGAACUUCACUUUUUUCACCAUCGAGUGUUCUCCUCUCUCCAAACAGUGUUGCCUGCAAAGACUUUGGGUUCUGUGAUGUAUUCCACAUCCUUAGUAGCGUUGCCAUAUCUGCUUUUAUUUUAUUUUAUUUUUUUAACAUUAAAAUAAUUCCUGGCCUUUUUAGUUUUUCUUUAUUUUUUUUCUCAUUAAUUUUUCCCUAUUUUGGUCUUUUUUUAUCAUUAUUUUUCUCUUAUUUCUCUCCUUUUUCUCUUUUCUUUUUCCUCUAUUCCUCUUUUUUAUUUUCUUUUUUUAUCUUCUUUUUAUCUUGUCUUUUUUGUUUGUUUUUUGAAAUUUAUCAUUUUCCUUUUUUCUUUUGCUUUUUUAAUUUUGUUUUUUUUUAUGAUUUCUGUUUUUACUUUUGACCUUUUGACCCUUUUUUUUUGUCUUUUCUUUUUCUCCUUUCAGUUUCCUUUUUUUUUUUUUUUAAUAUUAAUUGAGUUCCAAAACUCUCAAUGAGAAUAACCUGGCAGCUGGGAAAAAACUUAUUAUUAUUUUUAUUUGUUUUGUUGUCGACCCAUUGCUUAUGGAUACAA